AUGGGGAUCCAUCUGCUGGGGAUCAGUCACCCAAAGCACGCCACCCAACGGGCUCCGGGACGGAGGAGUUCACAGCAGCGUGCAGACGUGCCGAAGGGCCACUUCGCCAUCUACGUCGGGAACGAGGAGAAGCGCUUCGUCGUCCCGAUAUCAUACCUGAAGCAUCCACUGUUCCAGAACCUCCUCCAGAUGGCGGAGGAGGAGUUUGGACUCGAUCAGCCGAUGGGUGGCCUCAGACUCCCAUGCAGUGAACUCACCUUCUCGUGCGUCGUCUCUCAGAUGAGGCGUUCGUCCUCUCGCUCCUCAGGCUGA